CUUUGUUGUCAUCGAAAAUAAACAAUGGUGGUCUGAAGCGAGGGGUGCACGGGCCCAAGCUUCCGUCCAUCCUAGCACAGUGUCUUGAAUGACGAAAAGUAGUUGACACACUGUACACCCCAGGCUGCCGCAGGCCCGCAGCCCAAACGGUUCACGGCGGGGACGCGACAGCGACACUGGAACUACAGAAGCUGCCACCAGCAACCGAAUCAAUCAUGACCAAUUGAAGCUUUUCGUCCUCUCAAUAACACAUUGACCAACAUCUCGAUAGCGAGCGAGGGCAACGCCGACUUCCAGGCUUAUACAACUUCCACUACAGGUUGACGACAGCCAUAACAACCAGCCGAUCUCUUCCUCAUUUACCCCGCCGUCAAUCAGUUAUCACCAAACACAACCGGGAGUCGCAACGAGUUCACGACCAAAAAGUCCGAAACCAUGGCCGUCGCUACGGUCAACCCGUUGAUGUCGACCCAAAAGUCAGACAGCAGCCUACAAGUAGCUCUACACCCACUGCCCAUCCUCGAGAUUUCCGACUACAUCACACGCAGCUACCUGCGCGGCUACAAGGGCGCCAUCGUGGGUGCCCUCAUCGGCCAGCAAAAUGGCCGUCAGAUCACCAUCGAGCACAGCUUCUCUGUCAAGACGGAACACACUGGCCAAAAUUACAAGGUUGAUUCGGAAUGGUUCACGGCUCGUCUGGAACAAAUGAAAGCCGUCCACAAGGAUCGUGCCCUCGACUUUGUCGGAUGGUACACCCUAGUGCCCAAGAGCGGUCCUACCGACGCCCAUCUCCCAAUACACAACUACUUUUACUCACAAAACGAGUCCGCCGUGCUUCUUGGCUUUCACAUCCAAGAAAUCCUGAACCCCGUGGCUGGCGACCCCCUACCUUUGACGAUAUACGAGAGCAACCUGGAGGUGGUCGAUGGCGCCGAGACCAGUACUACGGAAGCAGAAGGCGACGACAAGGAGAUGAAGGAUGUCGCAGCCGAGCCCUCAAGAUCAAUCAAGUUCCGGGAACUUCCUUACACCACAGAAACGGGUGAAGCCGAGAUGAUCGCCCUGGAAUUCGUGCGGGAAGGUGGCAGCGCAAACGUUACCUCUGCCACAACAGCCACCGAGGAUGAGGGCUCCGACAAGCCUCUCAUGAAGAAGGUUGUCGACACAGUCAAGGGCAGCAAACGACGCGCCGUGAGCUCAGAGGAUACAGCCGAAGCACCCACAACGAGUAGCGCCGCCAAAGGAGCCGCAACAAACAACAGAGACGCCAACCUCACCAAGCCCGAACUAGAUUACAUGUCGGCUCUCCAAGCCAAAUACAAUGCCGUCCAGAUGAUGAAGAAGCGACUCGACACCGUCAUCUCCUACCUCCAACGCCUACCCCCCGAUUACCUUCCCAGCCAACAAACCGAAUCUGCGGCGGAGGGCACCCAGCCCCAAUACACCGUUCCAUCGAACAAGAUCCUUCGCCAGAUCCAAGCGCUGGUGACCAACGUCCAGCUAGCCAUGUCCAACUCGACGACUUCAGGAGGGCAAGGACAACGAGAGAAGGAGACGGAUCUCGGCGCGCUAGAAAAGGAGCUGCUCAAGGAAACAAACGACGUCAGGCUCGUCGAGCUGAUUGCCGACUUGAUGAGCAGCGUGAAGGACAUGAAGGAGGUGGGAAAGAAGUUCCAUGUGGUCGAAACGGCUAAGAAUAACAAGCGGCGCGAACAGGAACCACACGGACCAGGAGGGUUUAAUCCCAACCACCCGGGCGGGAUGAUGAGAGAGCACGCCGGCUCGGUUGGCGAGGGGUCUGGUUCUGGUUCGGGUCCUGGUGAUUUGGCUAGGUUCAAUCUUUUGUCGGGCUAGAAGGCUGAAUACGAAGACUUCGAUGUUUAUUGAGUAAUCGUUGGCUUUGCGACUCGAAUUUCACCCUCACUUGCUACCUUGCUUGUGGCUCGGGAAGCUGGCUAGCUUUUAUUGGGUUGGCGUCGAUAGCCAAGCUAUGGCACAUCGCCUGUGCUACAAUGUCUAGGAAAGUUGCGGGCAUUAAUUACUGGCUGGGAUAGGCUUACAAUGGUAUAUCGCGCCCGUAUGCAGGAGGGAGCGAGUUUCGAUCCCUUAUUGACACUGGUGUGGAUAACCGAUAGAUGCUGCUGCUGGAGUAUUAUUAUGAUGCAUGACGACGAUGACAAAAACAAUAGAUGAGGGAAAGCUACUUAUUAGGGGAGGGGGCUGGGCCACGCUCGGCUCAAAGAAGAAAGAAGCCGUUCGGUAGCACUUAGUUAGGAGACUCCGAUAAUGAAAGUUACAUACAUACAUAACCAUAA